CCAAAAGCCCCAAACACCCCGCGUUCGGUGAAGAAAACAAUGGCUGCUGCUUCUUCCUCCUCCUCAUCGGAUCAAAUCCUUCGUCCACCCUACUCCUUUGGAAUUCCAUGGCCUGAGCUCAAUGAAGGCGUCUCUUACAUCGACAUCAUCAAAUCCAUCGACUCUGGAAAGACCCUAAUCGAGUUCUACUCCUCCAAGUACAAGAACUCCGCUCCAUUGCAAGGUUGGAUGCAGAGAAUUAAGAAAGGGCAGAUUACAGUCGAUGGAGAUGUGGUUACUGAUCCGGAUACUGUUCUCAGCGUUGGUUGUGAAGUAAUCUACUGUCGUCUGCCUUGGAGAGAACCCAAUGUGCCUUACUUGUUAGAAGUCCUUUACGAAGAUGAAGACUUGGUUGCCAUAAAUAAACCUUCUGGUCUACAAGUUCUACCUGGAGGGUUAUUCCAGCAACGGACUGUUCUGAGACAACUUCAAUGGAAAGCAUGGAGAACGAAUUCAUCCUAUUCUACCAAGUAUGCUGAAGAAGAAGCACAUCCUGCACCUGUUCAUCGCUUGGGGAGGGGAACAUCAGGUAUUCUACUUUGCGCAAAGACCAAACAGGCAAAAGUUUGCCUUGCUGAAUAUUUUGCCAAGGGUACGUUGGUUGUCGGAGAUAGUAGAAACUCUGAAUCAGAGAACUGCAAAUCACGGAAAAUUUCAAAAUUUUAUCGAGCACUGGUAACUGGCUUACCUGAAAAGGAUGGGAUUGUUAUCAGGCAGCCUAUUGGGUUGAUGCAUUACCCAGAGGUGGCGUCAGGGCUUUAUGUUGCAUCCCCUUCAGGCAGACCGUCUCUGAGCAAAGUUUGUGUGCUUGAAAGAGACCUGGAAGCAAAUCAAACAAGGGUGGAGGUUGAAAUCCAGUCUGGAAGACCACAUCAAAUUCGUAUUCACCUUGCUUUCGCUGGGCAUCCACUUUGUGGUGAUCCUCUUUAUGGUAUUGGUGGAAUUCCUAAACUAUGUGAAUCGGUACCUAUAGAUGCAAGCUUUGCAGAAGAUGGGGGCUAUCAGAAGCCAGUGAGGCCUGUGCCUGGAGAUUGUGGUUAUCAUUUGCACGCACAUCGGCUAAUUUUCUGUCAUCCUUCCACAAAUGAGAUGGUUGAAAUCACUGCUCCUCUCCCACCCAUCCUCAAAACGCGCAAAGAAUUGGUGAAGGAGACUUUUUGAAAGGUACUGAUGAUAUAUAGCGGGUGGCCCUGAUAUCAUUUUCAAUUAUUCUGAAGAAAACUAUUAAGUAGGAAAACUAAUGGAUCAGAAAGGCCAACGAUCUCAUGCUCUUUUGCCUGUUUUUGCUGCUUACGAAUGAGGUUGUUGGUAUAUUUCUUUCAUUUUUUUGUCCUAAAUGCUUACCUUCCUGCUGUCACACUUUUGUUUGCAAUGUAUAUGAUUUACUUGUGAUGAAUAAGUCCUCGGGUUUGCUUGCUUGUGAAUGAACACUCAAAAUUGCUUACUUUUUUCUUUCA